GCGGAUCCGCCCAGGAAGUGGCAGAAAAACAGAGGCAGAGCAAGUCACACGUAACAUUAGCUUCUCUCUGCUUUUCACAAAGUCGAGAAACUGUGGUUUUUUUAAUCACCCACACGUUCACCCACAUUUACCCGGAUUAAAACAGAUUCUUCUUGGGACAGGACACACUGCUGCCGUGGACUCUGGCGCUUGGCUAGAUUCAGUGAACAUGGCUAUGAAUGGCGGGGUUUUACUUUAACGCUUUUACCAGAGACGACGAAGCUGUGUUUCAAGUUUGAGAGCAAGAAGAGUUGUUUUUUACGUCUGUUUGUUUGUUUUUGUGCGCUAACGGUGCUUUUAUUUUGUCUUUCUUUCACCUUCUCUGGACGCUGGUAUCAUGACGCCUGACCUCCUGAACUUUAAAAAGGGAUGGAUGUCAAAACUGGACAACAGUGGAGAGUGGAAGAAGCAUUGGUUUGUUCUGACGGAUGCUGGACUGAAGUACUACAGAGACUCGAGUGCAGAGGAGAAAGAUGAUAUGGACGGGGAGAUUGACCUGAAACACUGUGUGAACGUGUCGGAGUUUGAUGUGGAGAAGAACUACGGUUUUCAGAUACAGACGAGAGAGACAGUGUUCACGCUGUCCGCUAUGACGGCUGGGAUCAGGCGGAACUGGAUCGAGGUUUUAAAGAAGUCUGUUAGGCCGAGCAGCUCUCCAGACCUCACGCAAUUACCAGAUAGCAACAGUGACAAGGAAAACUCACAUUCACGCUUCCUGCAGUCUUCCCGUCGGCCAUCGUCACGUCACAAUGAGGGCCAGUCAGAAACUCUGUCCCUCGCGCCACCCUCUCAGCGUAGGUUCGACUACGUUGAGCUGUCACCUGUUCCCGUGUCAUCCAGUCCUCUUCCGUCCCAUCAGAGGGAAGCAGGAGAGGGGCAGGGGAGGGAGCACGUCCAGUGGCAGGAGGAGAGGAGCACAAACAGCCAGUGGGAGGCAUUGCUUUCCAGGAAGGGCACGGGCACAGGAUCCAAUCAAAGGCUACGUCUUGAGGACGAACUGGAGAAAAAGUGGGCGGAGUUUGAGCGUAUGCCUUUGAAGGAGAUGAGCGCUUUGCCACCAAUGGGAUCACGGCCCUCCAGCCAGUCAGCCAAUGAGGCGCUGCAGAGGGAGGUAGUGGCGUCACUGAGGCAGCAGCUGGAGGAUCUACAUCAGGGGGGAAGAGGAAGGGGUGGGAUUGGGGGAGGAGGAGGAGGAGAAGUACGGCGAGGCUGCGGUCCUGAGACUCCCUGCGGCCGCAGCCUGGUAGCCAUGGAGCAAGCUCACCGACAGGCGGUGGGGGAGCUGCAGAGGCAACAUGAACGCCAGGUGAAGGAGCUGGAGACGGAGAAAAACAGGCUGCUGCUGGAGGAGACGCAGGACACAGCACGAGUGAUGGAGGCUUUGAGGAAGAAGCACAAGGAGGAGUUGGAGAGAGAGGUGGAGACGGUGAAGAGGCUGAGCAGCGGGAUGUUGGACUCGCAGACUUUGCGAGCUCAGCAGCAGGCAGAAACUCAGUCCUUGCAGAGAGAGCUGGCUGGACUGUCAGAGCGCUAUUCUCAGAAGUGCCUGGAGCUAAACCGAGCUGAACAAACCAACGCUGAGAGAGAGAGAGUGAUCAGCCGCAAGGAGAGAGACAUGGAGCAGCUGAAGAAAGAGAACCAGGACUUAAAGGUCCGCUUGGCGGAGGAGAUCAGCCGCAUACGGUCCGGUGUCACAGAUCAGGGCUCAAAGGACAACAAAGACAGGACAUCCUGUGAACUGGAGGUUCUUCUCAGGGUGAAAGAAAACGAGAUAGAGUACUUGCACAAAGAGAUCAGCUGCCUAAGGAAUGAACUGCAGUUUCUUAACACGGAGAAACGUGUGGCCUGUGAAAGAUACACGGAGGUACGCGAAGAGCUGAGUGGCAUGAAGGGCCGGAGCGACCGAGAGAUCCAGAGUUUAAAGGAGCAUCUGAGGUUGGCCAUGGCUGCUCUGCAUGAGGGACAAAAACUGGGAAACAGCCUGGACCACUGAGAACCUGUUGCUGGUGUGUCUACAGGUGGCUGCAACAAAGACAGAUAGAGGAGCAGAGGAGAAGACAAGUGGACUUGUACAGUUGUACAGUUCUGACUGUGUGGGGACCAUGAUCGUGCCUUAGAUUUCAAUCACUCUGCCAAGGAGCAGCAUAGAGUAGACAUUAGCUGGUUUUAUUACACUGGGCUACACAUGAUGUAUAAAAACUGCACUUUUUUUUAAUUCUAGCUUUUGUUUUCGUGAGUGAAAGCAUGUGUGAGUGCACAUUUUGUCUUAAAACUGGAACAUUUGUCGAGCAGCAUGUUAUAUAUUUUUAUCAGGUAUUGUAGAUACAGAGUUCAUGCUGCAUUAGCUUUUUGUUGGAUAAACUUCUCCUUGCCAUUGCGUCUUCUAGAAAAAAAGACAGAUAAAGAAGAGCUAUUGUCAUCGCAGUUUUAUGUUGUACAGCUUAUGGUUCACUUUUCCUAACAUUUCUUAGGAAAUGGGUGCUUAUCAUUUGGUGUAAUUAUUUUCUGCCUUGCAACAUUUUUUGCUUUUAAAAUCUGAAGAAAAUUGGGAUUGCUGCAGGACAAGACAGCAAAGGGUUUUUUUAUAAAAAAAAAAAAAAUCCUAUCAUGAGUGAGAAGUUGGUCUAAUUGUAUAGACUCACAUUUAGGAUCAUUCAUGCAAAAGCUGUUGAAUGAAUGUCGUCCCACAUCAUAGAUGUCUUUAUUUUUUAAACCAUGGCUGAGAAGCAACAACUGAAGCUUCUCGUCCUCCCUGAUCAUUCUUUGGCAUGUACACUAUGUGCCACACCCACAACAAAUGACAGGUGUUGCAUUGAUGAGCCAAUUUUUUUAUGGACAGUAUGUAUUGUGAUAAAAUGACCUAUCUACCUGCAUUUUGAAAACCCUUUCAUAUUUAAUGUAUUGAAGAGUCUGUAUCAUCUUUGUAAAUUAUACACAUUUUUGCAAUCAAUAAAAAAAGGUCAGCAAAA